CACCCGUAAAGACCCACCCAGUCGGCAGAGCGUGAGGAUCACACACAACGACUGCACAAAACAGGAAAGCUCUCUGGAAGUCUUGUCACGAUGAACCAUCUAGUGUUGGGUCUGGUGCUGCUCCUGCCUCUGUCCCUUGCUGUGCCAGCCAGGGAAAAGAGAGAUGCACCAUGUCAAGACACCUACAUUGAUGUUCCCAACGUCUGCGCCAGCAACCCGAGGGGGAUGGUGUUCUUCCCUCAUCCCACUGACCACAAAAAGUACCUGCAGUGUGACGUCUACAACAACAUGUACAUCGUCCAGUGCCCCCCGUGUCAAGAGUUCGUCUUUUCGGCCAGCAGAUGCCAACCGUCCUCCACGUCCCCGGUUACCCCGGCUCCAACUCCACAGCCUGUGAACAACCACUGCACGGCUGAAGGCAUGGCACGGGGUUACCUCUACUUCAAAGUUGACGGCGACAACACAAAGUACAUAGAGUGCGACCCCAACACAGGCAGCGAGAACAUCAUAUCAUGUCCAUCUCCUCGAGUGUGGGACAUGAGCGUUCUUUCUUGCGUUUAUGACACCCAAGGUGGCAGUGGUCAUUUUGGGGCAAUCCCUCUCGACCCCAACCCUUGUACUUCUGCAGCCAUCUCAGCUGGCCACUUAUAUUUCCCGUACAUUGCACAAAACCAGUUUAUACAGUGCGACAAUCGUGGAAACGCAUAUAUUAAUACGUGUCCUUUCAGGUUCUCCUGGAACGCCUAUCUCCAAACAUGCUUCCGACCGGUCUUUUGAUACCCUGCGACCACACAAAAUACGUUCGAAGAAAAGAUUUCUUCCUUCGCGACAUUAAACUUACAAAAGCCAACGGAUCUUAUUAAGCAAUAACUGUCAUGUUAAAGCUUUCUCGGCACUGGGACACUAGUUCUUACCGUCAUAGCCGUGCAAAGAAUAAAACGGUUGUUUUGUUGAGAGUGGAUCACAAGAUAGUACUGACUGCCGGACUUUUUAUUGGUUGGUUCGUAUGGCGGCAGAGACUAAAUGUCAAGACGUAUAAUUCUGGUACAACAUACAAUUAAAAAUACACAGAAGAAUAUAUCCUUGCUCGCAAGCUAACAUUGACUAGCUACUGUGUAUUUGCUUUUUGGAAACAGAACAAGCUUACUGCACUUAGGUCAUAAUUUGUUCAUUAAUUUUCACUACAGACCGCACAAUGUGCCAUGAUUCGCUUCUAUGUUGCUUUCUUAAAUCAUUAUCGUAAAUCAUAUACUUAAAAUGUUUUCAAAAUAAAGCAUGCUUUUUAAACA